AUGCCGCUCGGUCCCGUGGAGCCGGUGAACAAGGACAAGGAGACCGUCCUCGUGAAAUACUUCGACACCAACACGAAGACGCAGACCGUACGGAGGCGGCUGAUUCUGCCCCUCGACAUGGCCAUCGGCGGCGGACAGAUGCCCACGUCCCCGACGUCCUACAGCAACGUACGCGGGUUCAACGCCCCGUCGCCGACGCCCACCCAGUCGUCCAUGGCCAGUUCCACGGGACGCAUGACCAUCCUGUCGUGCUCGGGGACCGGCGACGCGGUCAACAUGACCACCACGACCCGCACUCAGUUCCAAGACCCGCACGGCGGCAUUGACCGCUGCGGAUCGACGACACCCACCCACGGUCGGAGGAGCAUGAAUGUGUCGAACUGGGUGUCGCCGAGCGGAGGGGCGCGCGCGGGCGCGGCCUUCAUGCGCGACGCGAAGAUGAUGGCCGCGCCGGCGAUGUACCACCGCAAGAGCUGCGCCGCGUGGUUUUGA